GACUUACUCUUUAAAUCUCAGCCAAUUCAAAGAAAAAUGGCAUCUCAAUACCCCCAACGUCUAGCAUUGACUAAAAAUUCCUUCCCUCCACCCAGCGCAACCAACUCUGCAAUAAUAGAAAUUCUCAAUAGAUUCUGUCUCUCCAUCAACUUCCCAAUCCGCAUUUUGGGUUGCUCUUUACGAGAAGGAGGGAAUAAUACAAUAAUUCUCUGUUACGCAGUUUUUACCAGCUCCUCACAGGAUACAUCAGCUUCCCCAAUUUCUUGCAUUCUACGAACUGGCAAGCUACGAUGGAACCGUCAAAGCUAUACGGAUUCGAGAAUUCUAGAAACGGCUGCAUUCCAUCAUGUCAUGGGGAAGUUAUCACCACUCAUCCCUCUCAUCUACGCUUGGGAUGCAACAUGUGUGAAUUUGCUCGGAUGUCCAUAUGUCAUCCAACCCCUCAUCGCUGGUCACGAUUUGCAGACCCUAAACUCACCACUAAGUUACUGUCGCGAUGCAAUCGAAAUGCGAAUUCAAUGCGCUUAUGAGGUCGCCAGGUAUAUCAAGCACGUUGAAAGUUUUCGAUUCGAAAACUACGGCACUUUUGCAGUUUCCGAGCAAAUGCCAGAGAAGUGUUCCGAUCCGAGCUCUCCUCUUGUUUCCGAACUUAUUGGAUUUUCCCCAAAGCCUUGGAUCAAGAGCUACUUCAUGAGAAAUGAUACGAGAAUAGGAAAUUUCCUAUUCGCCAUCUUGACUGCGCACUUGGACCGCGGGAGAAGACCAUUGGAACAGGAGAAAUACAAUCUUCUUAUUACUAUGGGAUAUAAGUUAAAUGAACUUCAAAUUAGCCGUAAGUUAGAAGAAAAAGCCGAACCAGCUGUACUUUGGCAUCCUGAUUUUUGGCCCCGGAAUAUCAUGAUGGAGAAGACGGAAAGAGAUGUCAAGAUCACUGGGGUUAUCGAUUGGGAUGGUGUUAUGAUUGUUCCGAGGGUUAUGGCACGUCGACCUCCUGUAUUUUUGUGGGAUGAAGAAAAUUUGAACAUGUCGGAGUAUGAGAGAAAGGGGAUCAAGUUCCAGUUCGACAAGAGAAUUGAGGAAUUGCUGCCUGGUUAUUGUUCAGAUGCGUAUUCCGACUGUGGGAUUAUGGCUAGAGCGAUGGCGACUUACACGUUGGAAGGUGUUAACUGGAACUACUGCGAGCUCUCAUUUGAUAAAUUAGUAGAGCAGUGGGAUUGUUUUGUGGGAAAUUUAUGAGAUACAAUUGUUGAAAGGGCA